AUGCAGGCUGCUACGACAGCGGAACUUGCAGAGAGCAACCGGCGGCAGGUGACACGUCUGGAGCUGGCUCUCCAGGAUGCUUUGGAUCAGUUGCGGGCCGCCGAGGCGCGGCUACCAGCGCUCCAAGACCUCACCGAGCGCCGCGCUGCUUCGGAGACGGCGCGGGAGGCAGCUAUGUCAGAGCUGCGAAAGGACUUGUCGCGUCUUCGCCAGGAUGUGUCGCAGCUUACCACAGAGGGCGGAUUUGCCGGCAGCGAGCGCCAGCAUGCCAGCCACGGACUCGGAUUUGCUUUGCUCUCGGUGGCCCAGGAAGUUUUGGGCUAUCGGGGAUGA